AUGUCUUCCCGAUCUGACAACGUCGUCGUCGUCGUCGGCUCCGGCCCUGGAAUUGGCACCAACACAGCCGCUGUUUUCGCCGCCAACAAGUUCAACAAGGUCGCUCUCGUUGCCAGGAAUCCCGCUCAGCUUGAGAAAGAUGCAGCCACUGUUACAAGUGCUGCCAACGGCAAUGCCACUGUAAAGACCUAUUCUACCGACGUCAUCGACCCUGUCAAGUUCACAGCGACACUCAAGCAAAUUACCCAGGAUCUCGGAACAGUGGAAGUUGUUCUUUACAACGCCGCCAUCGUCGCACAGUCCCGACAUAUCGAGGUCACCGAUGAGGAGCUUAUCCGUGACUUCAUGAUCUCCACCAUUGCCCUGAACAACCUCUCCAAAUGGGCUUUCCCACAGCUUACUGUGCUGGCGGCGGAAGACUCCUCUGCCCAACCCACACUCAUCGUCACCAGUUCUCAUCUCCCUGAGACGCCCGAGACCAACCUUGUCUCGCUGUCCAUGUCCAAGGCUGCACAGAAGAACUUUACUCGAUCUCUCCGCCUGGAAUUUGAGCCUAAAGGAGUUCAUGUUGCCCUUUUGAGUGUUGCAGGAUAUGUGUUGGACCAAAACCAGAAGCUGAAUGCCAAGAACAUUGCCCAGGAGGCAUGGAAUCUGUACAACCAGCCCAAAGGAAGCUGGACUGAGGAUGUCAGGAUUGAGGAACCAUGA